CAAAUAUCUUCUUACCCCAACGUCGCCCAAAAACCCUUGCGGCGUCGCACUCACACUAGCGACCAACCCCCAACCCCAGACCUUCCUCUCCGGCGGCGGCCGGCGCGCGCGCGAGGGAGAUGGACCGCCCUUCCGGCACAUCGUACCAGCGCUUCCCCCGCGUUCGGAUCCGCGAGCUCAAGGACGACUACGCCAAGUUCGAACUCCGCGACACCGACGCUAGCAUGGCCAACGCCCUCCGCCGCGUCAUGAUCGCCGAAGUCCCAACUGUCGCCAUCGAUCUCGUAGAGAUCGAGGUUAACUCCUCCGUCCUCAACGACGAGUUCAUCGCCCACCGUCUGGGGCUCAUCCCGCUCACCUCCGCCGCCGCCAUGCAAAUGCGCUUCUCUCGGGACUGCGACGCUUGCGACGGCGACGGCUCCUGCGAGUACUGCUCCGUCGAGUUUCACCUCUCCGUGCACGCCACCGACUCCGACCAGACGCUCGAGGUCACAUCCAACGACCUGAGAUCCAUGGACCCCAAGGUCUGCCCAGUCGACCAAGCACGCGCCUACCAGCACGCGCUCGGAGGCACCGACCCCUUUGGAGCCAAUGCCUCGAACGAAAACAGGGGCAUACUUAUUGUAAAGCUGCGUCGGGGGCAAGAACUAAGGCUUCGUGCCAUAGCUAGGAAAGGAAUUGGCAAGGACCAUGCCAAAUGGUCACCAGCUGCUACCGUGACUUUCAUGUAUGAGCCUGACAUACGUAUCAAUGAAGAACUAAUGGAAACAUUGACGGUGGAAGAGAGAAUAAGCUUGAUUGAAAGCAGCCCUACAAAAGUAUUUGAGCUUGAUUCUGCCAAUCAGGUGGUGGUGAAAAACGCGGAGGCAUACACCUACGACGACGAGGUGAUCAAGCACGCCGAGGCCAUCGGGAAGCCAGGCUUGGUGGAGAUCACCGCCAAGGAGGACAGCUUCGUCUUCACCGUAGAAACAACCGGCGCCAUCACAGCCUACGAGCUGAUCAUGAACGCCAUCACGGUGCUGAGGCAGAAGCUGGAUGCCGUCCGCCUUCAGGACGACGACGGCGACCUUGGCGAGCUCGGCGCCCACCUUGGUGGGCCUUAGGAGCUUUGAGCAAGAAGGAAUCGCCCUGUGGCCUUCCUCCCUCCCACCUGCCUACGUAGGCCUAUCUAACUGCUGUGCGUGCUAGUCGAUCGAUCGAAACCGAACGGUUCUGAUAAACCUUAUGGUGUCUAAAGCUCCAGAUUUAUGGAUUGCCAAACACCCAGCACCGAAUUCCAGUUUGAUUUCCUUGCCCGCCUUGUUUUCGUGCGGGUGACAUCUGCGCCGUGAAUUUGCAUGCUUGCGCGUCUUGUUAUUGCUCUGUGGUGUGUGUACUAUCUAACUUUUGUGUGUGUGAGGUGAAUGCAGAGUUAUUUGCAGGUUC